AAUGAAACAAAUGAUGAAGCAUGGACUUGCAGACUCCGUACAAGACGGACAGAUACUUCCAUUUAUGAAGACUUAGUACCGAGUGAUAGUCAAAGCAGCGCAGUUUGCAGCCAAAGUUCUAACUGGAGUCAGGAAGAGGAGGCACUUCCCCUUCAAGAAAUUCAGUUGGCUGAUGUUAAUGCAGCCAUCAACAUCAUAAGCCAAGGUCAUAUUAGUCCUCUUCGCUCAAGACUAGGCACAGACUUGGUGGAUGUUAAAGAACGAACUUUAAGGUACUACAAAAGGAAAGCAGAAGAGACUUGUACAGCUCUGCUAGAUGCGAUUGCUCCUCAUCAAGGACAAAGACUUAAGAGAAUAGUUUUACCAAAUUCAGAAUCUUCUGAUGAUGACCUUUUCAAUGUUGUUGGUGAAAUGUACCACAAUAUCAAAGAUGCAAAUUUGAAAUGUCAACUUUUGUCCCUGAUAGUACACAGGUGUUCUAAGGCUGAACUAUUGACAAAAUUUCCAGAGAUUACAAAACAUCAGAUAGACAAAGCUAGAAGACAUGCUUUUGUAUAUGGUCCUGGAUCAGAUGUUCAACUAAAAGCAUCUUCUCAACACAGAGAGAGAAUCAAUUAUGCUAAGUUACAACAUGCGGUUGAAUUUUUCAGUGGCCCAUCAUUCAACGAGAUUUCAUCAUACACUACAAGGAACCUAAAGCUAGAUUCUGGAAACACUUUAGUAAUUCCUGAUAUAGUUAGGACUAUGAUCCAUUCAAAUUUGAUCAAACUUUACAAUGCUUAUUGCACUAGUAUCAACUUUGAGCCUCUAAGUGAGUCAACUCUAUAUGAAGUGCUAAAUGCAUGCAGUGCCUCAAAACGGAAGUGCCUGAAAGGACUUGAUAACAUUGCAGUUGAUGGUUCGUCAGCUUUUGACAGUCUGAGCAGCUUAGUAGAUAAGCUUGAUGAACCUCAACAAUGGAAAAAAGAUAUGAAGGAGAAGCUGUUUAAUGCACGACUGUACUUGAAGACUGACUACAAACUUCACAUCAAGCGAGAGGAUGAAUGUGCUUUCCACUGCUUACAGUAUGCACUGAGUGACCCCAAAUCAAGCCUUCUUGGUGUUACAUGUGAUCAUGAACAUAACCAAAACUGCAGCAGAUGUUAUAUAUUUGGUGAGGCUGUGACAGAAAUCCGUGAGGUCAUCAUAAAGACUCCAUCAGAAGAGCAAGAGGUAUUUUUGCAAGAUUUAGAAAUGUCCAUUACCCAAGUAGAAGACUGGAGAUCUCAUAUUGUAAGAACCGUGAAUCAGGAUGAUGGAAGAAUAGACAUUCUGCAUGACCUGAAGAACAACGAAGUCCUAGUGAUUUUAGACUGGGCAAUGAAGUACUUGCCACAGAUGUACCGGGAGAAAAUGAAAGACUUCUUUGGUCAGAAAGGUGUACACUGGCAUGUAUGUGUUGCAGUUUUCAAGGAUCAAAAUGGAAGUUUGGUGCACAAGACAUUUACUCACAUAAUGGAUUAUGAGAAACAGGACUUCUUUGCUAUUCUUUCAUUACUAGAACAUACACUAGUAACCAUUAAACAACAUAUGCCACACAUUACGGAAGCUUACCUGAGAUCAGACAACGCUGGGUGCUACCAUUGUGGGCAGAUAUGGCUCUCCAUACCAUCAUUGUCAGAGAGAACAGGUAUUACUGUUAAGCGUUAUGGCUAUAGUGAAGCACAGAGUGGAAAGAGUUACUGCGAUGCUAAAAUUGCUCAUAUGAGGUCAAAGAUGAGGAUAUUUUCUUCAGAAGGUCACAAUAUAUGUACAGCAACCCAAAUGAAGGAAGCAAUUGAUAGUAGAGACGGAGUAAAGGGAACUUGCAUCGCUGUUGUUGAUGUUGAUGUCACCAAACAAGAAGUCACAAAACAUUCAUGGAAGGAAGUGAGCUUCAUAUCGAACAUAGAGUUCACAUCAACAGGAAUUAAGACAUGGAGGGCCUACGGAAUUGGAGAGGGGUGCUUUAAGGACACAGAGAGUCUUCAGAAACUAGGACAAACCCAGUCGGCUACCUGUCUGAAAAUCAUCAGCGACUUUAACUAUCCUGAGAACCAUGGUAAAAUUCAUCUCAAGACACCAAAUACAGAUGAUGAAUCAGGAUCACAUGAUCGGUCUGAUAGCAUAUCAAAUGACGAAGAGGAGUGUGAGAACGAACCUACUGGAAUGAACUCUAAAUUGUUCUUUUGUCCUGAAUAUGGAUGUGUGAAGUCAUAUCAGACUUUUGGUAAACUUAAUGAGCAUCUGCUCAUUGGGAAUCAUGUGUUCCAAAAAUUGUCAGAAUCUUCAAGUGAUAAAACAAAGAAACUAUGGGCAGAAACGUGCAACAGUGUGCUGACAACUACUCGUCCUAGAGUUGAACAUGAACCAGAGGCUUCAGACUGUGUGGAUUUGCCAGUUCGAGGAUGGGCUUUGAAGAAAGAAAAAAGAUACAGCAGAUUCUCUCAAAAAGUGAAGGAUUUCUUGACUGAUUUAUUUAAGAAAGGAGAGGAAAGUGGUAGAAAGGAGAAUCCCACAGCUGUUGCAUUAGAGAUGCGGAAUCUGGUGGAAGAUGGAAGGAAGAAGUUUUCACCGUGUGAAUGGCUACAGCCAAGUCAAAUUUCAUCCUUUUUUUCACGACUUACUGUAAAUUCAAGUCAAGCAAAUGUGAUUUGUGCCGAAAAGCUUGGACUAGAUGACAGUGACUUGCUGAGUGUUCUAAGUGAACUUCAAAAUGCAGAAGUUUUUCAAAAUAUCACUUGA